GUUGGAGCAGCCAGCUGCACACACGCGGAGAUAGAUAACAAACAGUAACAACAACCCCUGAGACUCUACCUGAGGACUCACCUGAGAUGCCAAAAUACUGUUCAGCCCCGAACUGUAAGAGCGACUCCGGCAGCGGCAGCGACAGGAGGAGCUUUUACAAGUUCCCUCUACAGGACCCAGACCGGCUGCAGCAGUGGCUCAGGAACAUGGAACGCGAGAACUGGAUCCCGUCUCGACACCAGUACAUCUGCCACGAGCAUUUUGCGCCUUCGUGCUUUAAAGUGCGAUGGGGCAUUCGUUACCUUGAGAGCGAUGCAGUACCCACUGUCUUCCAGAAGGCUGAGAAACGGAAAGCCAUGGAUCUCACUGAGAAGAAACCAAAAGUGCUUCGAGCCAACAACAGUAAUCAAAGCGUAACAGUGUUGGAUGACAGGGCGGUGGCUAAUGACGCCGUAGAUGCAGAAAGCGUGUUGCAUACGGUGCACCUGUAUGAGAUCACUGUCGACUCAGCGCAGCAGGGUGAAACCAGCCCGGUGGAGUCAGGCGAUGUUGAAGAACCUGACAGAUCUCUGCAGACAGACAUGAAUCAUCAAUGGGCUUCUGUAAAUGGUUUCAACGCUGGUGCAAACUUCCCGUUAACUUUGAUCCAGUCAGUAGAUGAUCUAAGUGACCACGGUGAGAACACAGAGGUGGUGGUGAUGUCCGAAUGUACUGCUGGUGAGAGCCAAGAGGAGCUUAUGAAUGGGAUCACCGCUGCCAUUUUAACUCAGGGCCAGCGGCUAGUGAUGAAUGACUCCACACUUGGCUGCACAGAUGCGACCUCUCUCUGCGUCGAAGAUAUAACUUACACGACGGAGGAGUUCUCCGACAUCCUAGAAGGCCACGAAACGCAAGUCAUCGCCUACUUUGAGAAAAUUCCAAACGUUUUUCCCUCCGAAACCUCUCAGUUCACGCUCUCCCCGGAGACCGUGCUGUCGUCGGCUCUGAGCUCAAAGCCCAUUACGUCAACUCUGCCUAUAGUGUCCAAACAUGUGUCACCGUCGCCCACGUCCCUGGUCCUCACUGUGGAAAGGCUUGACACGGAGGGGGAGGAGGGAGACAACAACUGCAUGCCAGAGGAGGACGGCACAGAGAGACAGGAACACCAGCUGGAGGAGCACUGCUACCAUAAGAACAGUCUGAGUAAGGAGCAGCUGGAGGCGAUCGUGGCCGAGCUGCAGAAAAAGGUGAAAGUGCUGCAGCAGCGACACCGCCGCCACCUGGAGAAGCUUCUGGGCCUGGAGAACACAGUGAGCCAGCUGAGACAAAACAACCUGCUGAACGAAGAGCGACUGCAGCUGCUGGAGAGGGCUUACAUACAGACCAGUGCAGCAGUGUCAGACGCCGAUCAGACUGUGGCCAUCAUCUAUGAGGAAGAUGACGGUGCAUAUUUGUACACUCCACUGCUGAAUGAUGCAGAGGAAAUGCUGUGAGGUGUCUAAAAAAUCUAUAGAUAUGUGUCUAAUACUGUUGAAAACAAAAUGCUACCUAAUUUAGUUUUUUUUUUCCUUUUUCUAAUAACUGAAUGAAAUCUGUAUAAAAUGCGGGAGUUUGGUGGUUGAUAUGCUGUUUAGCUUUGCACAAAUACUGAUGAGUAAUUUAGGACAAUAUUGAAUGUGUUUUUUUUAAGGUUUUCACUUCUUUCCUCCAA